AUGCCUACGGAAAAUUAUCAAAUUCACAACAUAUAUCAGUACAAGAGGAAGACCUACAAGAAUAACCAAAAUGAAAAUUCGGUCGAAGGUUACGUGAACGGUAGGGCCGAUCAGAACGAUGUGACCGAUUCACCCCGGAGUGACCGAGUGACCAUCGACGAAGCUGGUUGUAGCUGUGACAUUGACUCAGACGGAGAAAUAGCGAACAUACUUCACAAGAAGAGGCCCGUGAUAGAGCUGGCACAGUUACAGCUACAGAGAGUCCUGGACGAAACUGACAAGUUGUUUUGUGAUAAUAUAGACUGCUGCAGGUCAAUCUAUGAUUUCUUGAACCUAUGUAAGGCAGCGAUCCUCAAACACAAUAAAUGUGGCUGUAUAUUUCUGAGUUUAGUAAUAUUGGCUUUCCUGGUCGGUGUGAUCAUUGGCUCUGCAACAUGUGGAGCCACUCUGAGACAUUUCAACAGCCCUAUCCUCACCUGUAUCGACAACCUGUUCAUUUCGGGUCCAUCCCCGCUCCAACACUCCUUUAAAGGCAUCAUAUGA